AUGAGCGGGUCGAAGUUCUACAUAUGGGGCGGCGGGCGAUGGCGUGAAGUAAACACCGCGUCGGGUGAGGUAGCCGGAUGGUCCCGGCGCCCUCGCUUUGUAUUCGCCAGGCGCGGGCGCCUGCGCGUGGCGACGAAGCGCAGGGUAUUGGUCGCGUUGCAGGCGCAUGCCGCGAACCUGCCUAGCGCCGUCGAGCUCGGGCCCCGAUUGUCCGUAUUGAGGAAUGAGCCGCCACCAACUCCCACUGUGAGGGCUCUGCCGAGUGUGCAGCCUGUCCAUCCCAUGUGUGCACAUCAUCACUGUUGCAUCUACUCUCAUGGGCUUCAUAACAACAAUUUCGACAAAUGCAAUCACAAUGACGCCCUCAUCACAAGCAAUUGUUCCACAAAAAAUGGAACCGCUGGCCUUGCUAUAUUAAAGGGAGCGUCCCUCACUAACGGAUCGGAUGCGGCCGUUCAGCACCGCGCCACCGUCGACGCCGCCGUGCAACACUCUGCCGGUGAUCACCACACGCUCUCGAUCAACCUUGAAGCGACGAACUUUUCACGACUCCAGCGACCUCCGCAAACCCACAGAUGUGAUCCCAAGCACAAUACGGCGGCGAGCGGCGUCGCAAGAAGCGAGGGCUCCCGCCCCCGCGCACCUCCGCUCCACAACUUACUCGGCCCAAUGAAACGGCAUCGUUCCGCUUUAUCAGAUAGUGACGACUCGGAGCAACAUUUCGAGCCGGCGAGCGAGACGAGACGCAGCCAGAACGACGAGCGGUCAACGAAGAGAACUCAGAAGACCGCUUCGAAGACUAAAAGGAGAGAGACGGGUGAAGGAAGAAAGAAACGCAGAUCGGAGAGUUUAAGCGACGAGAACCCAGAGGAAGCGUGCAAGGAACUGACGAUAUCCGAGUCGGACGUGCUGGCGCUACGCAGCUUGGUGCAGCGGACGCGGAGCGACGCCCUCGAGCGGUUCGACGCCGACGACGACUACAAGCGCAUGCUGUUCUACGCGAUCAACCCGCUGGUGCACGUAGAGCGGUGCCCGCUCACGGAGCGCGCGCUGCGAGAGCGCCACGCGCUUGCGCUGCCGCAGUUCGCCGCCCGCCUCGGCCUCACGCCCACGCCCACGCCCACCGGCGCCGACGCCGACAAAGAAAACAAACGCAAACCGGAGAGGCGAGUGCUGAGAAGUAAGAACGAGAAGCGGCGGACCGCGGCCCACAUCGAUGGUCCUUCCGAACUGUCCGAUAGCGACGACGAACUUGAAUUGUUUCAGAAUUCUCGUGGCAAUAAAAUACCAAAUAGUAAAAAUAACUUGCGCAAAAACAUAAGGGACCUCGUGUCGUUACGGGACAGUUAUAAAUAUAAACGUUUGGUAAUUAGUGACGACGGCAAAGGCGAUAAGAACCGACAUUCCCCUCGUCUCGCAACACACACAAAGAGUAAUCGUAACUCAGGUCGCGCAGCGUCUUUUAAAAAGUCUGAAAUUCUACGUCAAAAGGACGAAAACGAAUUGGAAUUAAAUUAUAAAUCUAAUAUCGACAAAUUUGGAACACCUAUAGAGAGCAGACGUGAAAACGCAUCCGAAGACAACAAGCGUAGGUCGUUGCGUCGCUCGACUCUGAUCCAGAGCAAUCGUGUCGAGGAUGAUGCAGGGAGUGACGAAAAACGCGAAACGCUUAAAAAUGGUGAAACUAGCCGCCCGGCGAGUCCCGCCCCUAAGCGCAACAAGCGCGAGAGUUUGCCUCGUGAUCUCGUGGGGACACCCAGCGACACCACAGACAGUUCCGAUAGCGGUGACACGGUCGACGAGCGCGAGUCGUCGCGAACUAAGAGAGUGACGCGACGCCGACCCGACUCCGACAGUGACGAGGAACGAGAAACGGUAGUCGACAGCGGCAGAGGAAGCGAACCGAGCGAAGAGCGCCGGUCGUUACGUCACAACUCUAAGCCGGAAAAACGGGACACCGAUAGCACCAGGAAAAGUAAUCGCAUAUCAGUCUCUGCGAUCACUAAAAGCUACACCGAGCGCUCGGCCAGUGAAGCGGACAGCGCCUCCUCCCUAGAGAAGUCCGUAACUCAGAGGAAUUAUUCAAAGAUUUCAGCUAAACAUGUUCCGAACGGUAGGACAAGUCGCGCGGGGACGGCCACAGCUGAUAACGAAGGCGCGGCGGUGUCCGAGCCUGCUAAACUGGUGAAGCCUUCAGUAAAAGCCGCGCCGAACAUAGCGCGGGCGCCGCCUGCGCCGGUGGAGGUGGCGGCGGAGGCGAGCGCCGCGCACGCGCACACGCACACCAUCAGCAAACGGGCGUCGAGCGGCAAGACGAAGGAGUACUCGAACCUGGAGGACCACGCCAUCGUGGCGUGGGUGUCGGGCGGGGCGCGCGCGCGCAGGGUCAACGGCAACGCGCUGUGGCGGGAGCUGCAGGACCAGUACCCGCGCCUCACCGGAGUCAGUCGGUCGUGGCACUCCCUGCGCAACCGCUACCUGCGCUACAUCCUGCCGGCGCUGGGCGCGCUGCGCCUGCCGCCCGCCGACGUGUCGCGCCUGCGCGCCGCCGCCGCCGCAGGGUCGCAGAGGCGGCGCGGCGCGGCGGGGGAGGGGCGCCGCAACUCCAUCUUCGACCAGAGCGAGGUGAGCGCAGCCUCCGCGCGGGUCGUGCGCCCGCUCCUCGCGCGCUCGCCCACGCCCACACACCCCAUCUCGCGCAAACAUUCUGAAGGCGCGAGCUCGCCGACGCGCCGCCCGCCCGCUCGUGACGUGACGGCCGCGACACGAGCCCCGGGACGCGACGCACCCGACGCUGAAGGCGCAGGCGGCGCGGGGCGGGGGGCGCGCUCCACGCGCAGCCGCAAGCUGUUCAACCCCAAGCUGGUGCUGUGA